UGCAAUUUUGGACAGUAGUGCGCUGGGGCAAUGUUGUAGUUUGCAGAAGCUGCUUGUAGUAGGACGUGUAGUGAGGAGCUCGCAUCUCUUCCUGCCUGACUCCUUGUUGUGUCUGUCUGAUAAAACUAAACUCAACAUGGUCCAGCGAACUUAAACAGCCGCGGGGUGCUGUUGAAGAGCCGGGGCGCACACCGUGAGGCUUGAAACACAUUCCCAGAGAAGCUGAGGUGCCGUCUUAAACAUAUGAGAAAACAUCCAGUUCACACCACGCUGACCAAGAUGGCUCUCACUUCUUCUUUCCCUCACUGGAACGACUGCAGUCAAGGAUGUGUGUUGCCAUGGUAAUCAUUUACAAGAAAACACUGGAAAAGAAGAGUGCCGACGAUGUAACAUCCAAAAGGAAAGACUUGGGCUUGUUUCAGGCACAGACCAUGAGCCAGGGGACUGCACUUUUCUCUUGUGGACUCAUGGAGACAAGUCGGUGGCAUGAGGUGGGCCAUAGCUGUGCCAUACAGCAGAGGCCGGUAGGAACCAGCCUGGAGAGCCUGUGGGAUGUCCUGCCUGAGGUGCACAAAAGUUCAGCCCACUGGGAUUGGGAUGUUGGUUCCAGAUCAAGCACAAUCACCAGCUUGUUGCAGGACCUUAGCUUGACCGAGGCUGCAACGUCCCACGCGACUGCGCCUCCCAGCAAGCGGCAGUGCCGGUCCCUGUCGUGCUCAGACGAGCUUGGCGGUUGCCGCUCCACCUGGCGCCCACAGGGCUCUCGUGUGUGGACAACGGUGGAGAAGAGGAGGUGCCACAGUGGAGGCAGUGUCCAGCGCAGCGUUGUAGGGAAUGCGCAGCUGGGUUUCCCAGCCAUGCAGCGCAGCUCCAGUUUCAGCCUGCCGGCCCGCUCCAACAUUCUGGAGCUGCCCUGUUUCACCCAGCGUCUCCCCUGCCCCUCAGCUUUCACUGGUCUGACACCCUCCUCCGAACCCCCAGUGCAGCCCCUAUACCUCUCUCACGAACAGAUCUGCCUCCCAGAGGCUCGUGAACCCUCUCCACCCAGCUCCCCAGAUUCCACUCCAGAGCUGGAGCGUCGCGGUGGACAGGGGGGUCUCGCCCGCAGUCGCUCACAGCCUUGUGUCCUAAAUGAUAAGAAGAUUGGCGUGAAGCGUAGGAGACCGGAUGACACGCAUAAACAGAGGCCUUCUUUGGAUCUGGCAAAGAUGACCCAGAAACUUCGGAAUUUCCACAGCCUUAGCUGCCCUGGAAUCACAGGAGAGGACAGCUGUGAGUCCAGGCAGACUGACUCCGCUCAUGUGAGCAGCGCUCAGAGCGACACCAGCGGCUCGCGUGCGAACGACGCGGAGGACGUUCAGCCUCACACCAAAGAGGGCGAGGUCGUCGGGAAUGCGCGGACUGACCCCACCACUGAGGAAGGGGACUGGAGCGCCACGGACGGCGGCGAUGUGACACCAGAGGUGACAAUUGGGAAGAGUAACGAGCCUCUGUGGGCGGGGCUGUGUAGCAUGAGGAAGGACAUGUAUCAGCUCGGAGGCGAACUUGACAUUGAGCAAAUUGAGAGGAACUGAGCCGGGCUGCCUUUCUCUCAGGGGGAAGCUGAUUUCGGGGACUGGAAGCUUAUCACCAGAUGGUACGGUGAACAGUACUGAUAGUCUUAAGGACAAAACAAGUGGAAAAUAAUGCAAAUGCAGCACUUGUCUUUUUCUUCUCAAGGAGAGAUCUCAGCAGGUGCCUUUAAGGGGACGUUUUGUCUUAAGACGCUACUCGCCCACUGUGCAGUGUCUCAACUGUGUCUCAGGGGAACAAGAGGCCGGAUGAAUAUUAGAGUGAUGCAUUAAUGUUGGCUCAGAGACUUUUUCCUCUGUCACCAUGAUUACCUGACACUGUAUUACGUUUGGAGAGAAUUCACAGCAGGUUUGAAUGAACUCUCUGCUCAGAAAACGUCCGUUCCUCUUCCACGAUGGACAGAAAUGGACAUGACUUCAAGAGCUACUGUUUGUAAAAAUGCCCCUUUUCACUCUGACUGAGCAACAAGCUGCACACACUCACACACACACACACACACACGACUUAUACAGUCUGUUGAAGAGCUUAACCCUUCACACCAUAACCCCUGGGCUCUUCUGUGAGAUCUCUGCUCCCAGUUUGUUUUGAGAGAAUCUCUGCAAUGCUAAUAGCGUUAAUAUUCUUUCUUUUUACAAUUUGUAACUACAAAAUGAUGUAAAAACAUGAGCAUAUUUCUUUACAAAUAAACACAAGUUUUAAAUGUG